ACUUCUCAACAGCAGGAAGCGGGAACGCAAACAGAGUCACGUGACACGAAGCAAUAUGGCAGCGACUCAUUGGUAAUGUCAGUUUACCAGAUAUUCCUUGUUGUAAAAAAGAACAGUGGACGUAGAAACUCUCCGAAAAAUCCGUAUUUGUUAUCGGCUGUUUUCAGCUUACAGUAUUAUUCAGGUUGUGGGGUUUGGAUUACUCUUAAUUUUAUAAGAUGCCUGGAAAAAACAGCAACAACGUCAAAGCAGGAGACUUGGUGUUUGCCAAGAUGAAGGGCUUCCCUCACUGGCCGGCCAGGAUCUGUAAGUCAGAAGAUGGAUACAAGAAGAAAGUCCCUGUCUUCUUCUUCGGCACCCAUCAGAUCGGUUACAUCCCUCCAGACAAUGUUGUCCCUUUUUUCGGCAACAAGCUAAGAUAUGGCAAUGGUGUUCGGCUGAAAGGCUUUGAGGAAGGAAUGUGGGAGAUCCAGAACACUCCAGGCGUCGGCAGUAAAUCCAAACUUUUACAAAAAAAACCCUCACAGACUACUCCAUCAAAACCAGACUCUGCUGCUAAAUCUACCCCAGGAAAACCAACUUCAGCUGCUAAAUCAACCCGAGCAAAACCAACUUCUUUAACAAGCACACUAGAAAAACAGAGUCCUACAGCUACACCCACCAAGCAGACAUUAGCUCAGGAAUCUCAACCUGGAGAACCAACCUCUGCCGCAGAAGCUGCAGAAGCCGGUGGACCUUCUGCUCAGUAUCCUGCUGCUCAGACUCCAGCGCGGUCAUCACUGCGAUUUUCUCCAGGAAAAAAAGCUGAGUCCAGCCUAAUGCCAGAAAAGGGGGCACAGGUCCCAGCAACAAGGGAGAACAGGAAGUCAGUGGGGAAAAAAAGACAGAAAAUGCCAGCCAGCACAUCAAAAACGACAACAGAAGAAACCAAACCUGCGGUGAAACAAACAGAAGGAGCUAUUAAAGACUCCUCUGUGACAAUUGAGUUCUUGGACAUGAAGGAAAUACUCAACCAUAACAAACAAAAUGUAUCUACUGAAGAAGAUAGAACAGCUACAGGUUCCACCUUGACCAGGAGCAGAGACACUAAAACCCAGCAAAGGGCGUCUGUGAGUCCAUCUGUAACACUGUCAGAGGAGGCACAGAGAGACAAAGAGGAGGAGACGAGGGAGGAGAAUCGAGGGUUCAAGAGGAGGCGGGAAAAAGAUAACGAGACAAAGUCAACUGAAAAAGUGGGGCAAAAAGGGAAGCGAAGAAAGAAACAGGAUGGAGAUGAAGAUGGCAAGAAGUACAAGAAUAGGACAGAGGAAGGGGAGAGAGAACCUGAGGAGGAGGAAGGGGCUAAGGACAGAAGAGAGGAAGAGAAGAAGGAGAGGAUAGGGAAAGGAAGAAAGGGUGAGAGGAAAAGGAUGAGAGUGAAAGAGGGGAAAAAGGAGAAAACAAUAAACAAUAAACAAAAGGAGGAAAAAAAGAAAGAAGAAAUGCAGAAAAAAAGACAUGUGCUGAAGAAGACAAAGAUGAGGAACACAGAAAAAGAAACAAAGGGGGUGACAGAAAUGAGAAGGAGAGAGGAGAAGAGCAGGGAGAACACAGAGGAGGUGAAGUUUCGGAGUGAGGAGUUAGAGGAAAAAGCAGGGGCGAUAAAGGAAGAAGAGCUAAAGAAAAGGUCAAUAGAGGAGGACGAGAAGGGAGGGGAACAGUCAGAAAGAAGAAUGAAGGUGAGGAGAAGCAAGGAGGAGGUAGGAGGUAAAGGAAAGAAGAGAGCCAAGACGAGGAAGGAGGAGAAGCAGGUAACAGAACACACACAGGAAAAUGUAAAUGAAGAAAUUAAAAAGAACAAGGAGGAAAGAAAAGGAAGCACAAAGUCCAGGGGCACCGAGAAGGAAACACGGGACACUAAACAGGGAGGAAAGACAGAAGAGUUCAGCAAGAGAGAGGAGGAGGCGGGGACAAAGGAUAGAGAAGGAGAUGCAAGAAAAGAGGUGACAAAAAGGAUGCAGGACGACAAAACUGGAGAAAAGCCAAAAAUGAGGAGCAGCAAGAAGCAAAGGAGGGAAACGAGAGAGGAAAUGAAGGAAGGAAAGGUGGAGGGGACAGAAAAGGAGGACACGAGUAGAGUGAUAAAGACAGGGUGCACAGGAGGGGAUGAUAAAAGAUGGAGGCCAGUGGGAAGAGAGAAGAGAGAAGGUUCUCAGGACGAAGAGCGACGGCGCCACCUAGCGGCCAAGAGGGAUAGCGUCCUGAUGUCCCUUCAAAGCCUUCUGAAGGAUGGCCAGGGAGUAAAGAAGAAGGAAGCAAUGAAGAGAAUGUUAAAAACUGAAGACAUGGCUGCAAAAAUAAGGAAGACAGUGGAGAUGGGACGUGAAAGAAGCAAGAACACAGAGAAAGCUGGGAAUGAAGCUAAGCAAGGAUGUUGUAUGGAAGAAGGUCGUGAGGCCCGUGAGGAAGAGAAGAAAGGUCAGGAGCUGGAGAAGCAGUCAAAAGAGACAGAAAAGAAGGAAGAGAGGAGAAUAAUAGGGAAGAUUGUCAAAGCAACAGCUGGACAACGAACAAAAGUACUGGUGAAGACUAUGAUCGGAGGAGACACGACGCCCACUGAGGAGGAAACAGUAAAGAGUGAUGAAAAGGUUAUGAGCCAAGACACAGAGAAGGUGGCAAUGGAAAAAAUAAAAAACAAACCAGAGGAGAAAGAUACAGAAAAGAGCAGCAAAGAUGAGCAGGACAAGGAUAUGACUGUCAGAAAAAGGGAUGAACAGAAUCCUGAAAGAGCAAGAAGUGGUAAAGAGGACAAGAAGGACAAGGAUCCAACAGAGAAAAAAAUUGAAGACACAAAGAAAGAAAAAGGCAGGAGGCACAAGCAGGACACAGACAUGAUGGUGGAAAUAAGUAAUGAUGAGAAAUCAGAGAGAACCAGGACAUCAAAAGAGCAGAGGAAGGACAAAAAGAAGACUGAAAAAGAAGGAAAAAUACAGGAAGGUUUUUUGGAGAAAAGAAGCAGGGGAAAACCAACAACAGAAAAUCAAGACACUGAGAGAACAGUGGAAACGAGUUUAAAGAAUGAACAGAAACGCGAAAAAGUA